UGAGUAAUUUUUAACUUUAUUAUUAACAGGCUAGUGUUAGUAGACCACUAUUGAGUGCUAGAACUUCAAUUCAUGAGUACAAGAGCUUAAGGAAAUUUGUCUUUUGUAAAUAAAAGAUUCCUAGCAUUCUCCUCUGUGUGUGUGUGUGUGUGUGUGUGUGUGUGUGUGUGUGUGUGUGUGUGUGUGUGUGUGUGUGUGUGUGUGUGUGUGUGUGUGUCUUUAGAUAAAACUUUAGAAUACUGUACUAGGGGGGGAAAUUACGGUAGUCAGUAAUUAAAUCACUGACAUUAUCCUUUUAAAUUAUUGCCUGGAAGUACAUGUCUGUUGACCACUAUUCUGUGUGACAGCGCAACUAUCCCAGCUGUUUCACCAUCUUAGUAAAUUAAGUUUCACAGCUAGCUUGAGGUGCCACCCAAAUCCAUUGCUAAUGAUAAUUAAAAAUAUUUACCUUUUUAUUUAAAUGUAAAUGCUUAUACACGAACAUGCAGUUGAUGUCUGUCACGUGUUGACAGCGAGACACUUCAGUUCCACACGCUCUCUCCAAAUAAUUUUGAUCACUUGUAAUCUAAUGGCAGCUGAAUGUUUUAUUGAAGAUCAGAUGAGCUUGCUGUCUGCAUACUAGCAGGGCAUGCCAUCUGAAAUUUUCUCUACCAGCAUGAUACCUGUUGAAAUUUAGUUGUAUUUAUUAUAUACAAAGUAAUACAAAUUUGCCCCAAUCUUCAGUAGAAGUAGAAUGAUGCAUUAGAUUACACAUUGCUGUUCAAGGACUUUUUUGAGUAAUUUCUUUGCUCUAAAUAUGAAGGAAGUAAUAUUGCUUGAUAAAUUCUUUUACUUAGAUGACUUCAGUUGUUUAAAAAAUUUGGUCAGUCAAGGAGUUCUCACCUGGUUAUAAGAUUAUAUAUCUAUGAAUAAACAUUAACUUUUGCUGUUUUAUAUUAAGUUAUUAGAAAAUAAUGAUAUUGCAGUCUUAAUAUCAGUCUUCAACUAAACCAGUGUUUGAGAGACAAAAUUGUGUUGUUUUUUCUGUUGCCUUAUCACUUUCAGUAUUUAUCUGAAAAUCUGUUCCUUGCCAUGUUUUUCUUCUGUAACAUAAACUGUGCCCUGUGAAUUUCUGGGGACUGAAUUUGAAAUUGCUCCUGCCAACUGUUCGUGGCCUGGUGCGUAACUGAAUGCCUGAAUAUCUCCCUGCUGAAUGAAUUGCGUAUUCUGCCCUGAAUUCACUCUGAUAUAUUGAUUGGCUGGACGAUCUUGGUGCCGUUUCCAGAAGAGUCACCGAAGGAAAAGAUCCAGGAGUGUAGAGGAUGAUGAGGAGGGUCACCUGAUCUGUGAAAGUGGAGACGUACUAAGAGCAAGAUGUAUAGAACAUUUUUCAACACUUUUUUAAAAACUUUUCAGCAAAAAAUCUGUUUAGAAUAGUAUGUCAGGAGGGGGGCUAAGGAAAUCUUCAUUGCUCUUUUGUUCUGUUUUUUGUGCUUUUUUUGUUCUUUUGCAUAUCAUCUUUUCUGUAGAAUUUAAAUACUGUUGUUCCAAAGUAGUAAAUGAAGCUUGAGAUUAGAACAAGAGAUAGUUGUUAACUAAUUUUUUCAUGACACCUGUCCAAUAAAAUAACACAUUCAGAUGUUGAGAUUUAAAGUAAUUAUGCUUUUAAAAUGGCACAUUUUUUAAAAGCCUACUUUGAUAGCAUUCAUCACUAUUUGAGUAAGGCAGUAACUAAUCUGACUUUUCUUUGUUCUUUUUAGAUGAAAUUGUUGAUACUUUAGGGGAAGGAGCAUUUGGAAAAGUAGUGGAGUGCAUUGAUCACCAUAUAUCUGUCGGUUCACAAGAGUGGGGAAAUAUUAAAGAUCUAAGGGAGAGGAAUGCAUGUAGCAGUUAAAAUUGUGAAAAAUGUUGGUAGAUACUGUGAAGCAGCCCGCUCAGAAAUACAGGUGCUGGAGCAUUUAAACACCAUGGAUCCAAGCAGCACAUUCCGCUGUGUCCAGAUGCUUGAAUGGUUUGAUCAUCAUGGUCAUGUUUGCAUUGUUUUUGAGCUGCUGGGACUUAGUACCUAUGACUUUAUUAAAGAAAACAGCUUUUUGCCAUUUCGUAUUGAUGACAUAAGACACAUGGCAUAUCAGAUAUGUCAAUCUAUAAAUUUUUUACAUCAUAAUAAGUUGACUCACACAGAUCUGAAGCCUGAAAAUAUUUUGUUUGUGCACUCAGAUUAUAUAGUAAAGUACAAUGCUAAGAUGAAACGAGAUGAACGAACACUAAAAAAUACGGAUAUCAAAGUUGUUGAUUUUGGAAGUGCAACUUUUGACGAUGAACAUCACAGUACAUUAGUGUCUACAAGACAUUACAGAGCUCCUGAGGUUAUUUUAGCAUUGGGAUGGUCCCAGCCCUGUGAUGUUUGGAGUAUAGGUUGCAUUCUAAUUGAAUAUUACCUGGGUUUUACAGUAUUCCAGACACAUGAUAGUAAAGAACACCUGGCAAUGAUGGAGCGAAUAUUAGGGCCUCUACCUACUCACAUGAUCAAGAAAUCAAGAAAACAUUAUUUUCAUCAUGACCAGUUGGACUGGGAUGAACAUAGUUCUUCAGGCCGAUAUGUAAGGAGACGCUGUAAGCCAUUAAAGGAAUUCAUGCACUGUCAGGAUGCAGAUCAUCAGACUCUGUUUGAUCUUGUUCACAAAAUGUUGGAGUACGAUCCAUCUGAUAGAAUUACUCUUGAUGAAGCCUUGCAACAUCCUUUUUUUGACCCACUAAAAAGGAAAUAAAUUCAGAUAGCUUAUAUGCUUCUCCAAGGAGAUUACAUAGACUGUGUCAGUCAGCAGAGAUAGCAUGAGACUUUUGUAAACUUUAAGUUAUUUUGUACAGGUAAGCCUGUAAAUAUUUCCAUAUGGUUUUUGUAUCACUGCCAUAUUUACCUUGUUAACGGUUCUGGUCUUGAUCAUAGAUAUGAAAAUAAAAGUAAUUUUUGAAA